AUGGUGAUGGAAUAUGCAGAAAAUGGUAGUUUAAGACAAAUUUUAAAUAAUAAUUUUAAUUCAAUGAAUUGGAACAAAAAAUUGGAUAUUUUACAAAAGAUUGCAAAUGGCCUUGAAGAUAUUCAUAGCCAAGGAUUAAUUCAUCAUGAUCUUCAUUGUGGUAAUAUAUUAAAUGGUGAUUAUAAUUUUACUUUUAUUACUGAUUUAGGAUUAUGUAGACCAGCAAAUGUAAUACCUUCUCAAGAUGAAUAUAAAAAAAUGUAUGGAGUAUUGCCUUAUGUAGCACCUGAGGUUUUAAUAGGAAAAGAAUAUACUCAAGAAAGUGAUAUAUAUGGAUUCGGAAUUAUUGCAUAUGAAGUCUGUACAGGGCUUCCUCCUUAUCAUGAUAUUGCUCAUGAUAAAAUCUUAGCUAUUAGCAUUUGUAACGGGCUUAGGCCAAAAUCUGAUUAUAAAAUCCCUCAACUAAUUUUGGACAUAAUUAAAAAAUGUUGGGAUGCUGAUCCUUUAAAACGACCUAAAGCAAAUGAAUUAUAUGUUUCAUUAUAUGAUUUAUAUUACGAUUAUAGGCAUAAUGAUUGUGAAAUCAAUAAGCAAAGUAAAGAAGCAGAUAAAAUUAAUAAAAAGUUUACUUCUACUUCAUUACCAUAUAAUGGUACUACUCUUUCAUAUACUACAAAUCCUCAAGCAGUUUACACGAGUAGACUUUUAGACUAUAAAAAUCUUCCAAAACCAAAAAAUGCUAUCGAGUAUUCAGACUUGAAUCUAGAUCAGUGA